AUGCCCAGUAGUGUCGAGAGCACCCCAACCCGCACGGUUGCCGGCCAGUCGAAGGCGAUCCCCUUCAUUAUGCUCACCAACGACCUCGGGGCGCCCUACCGUCUCUCGGGUGAUGGGCCCACCACAGAGCUCAUCAACGUCCAGCUGAAGCGCAUCAUCCUCCCCCUCCACGCCGGUGACGCCUCGCUCUACCUGCGCAACCACAUCCAGGGCCUACUGGGCCUGCCGGGCUGCGAGACGACGAUGCUGGGACGCACGCGGCGGGCCCCCCUCCCGCUCGACGCCCUUCCCCCGACCGGCGCGGUGGUUGUGGUGAAGGGCCGGCCCUGCGGCCUCCACGCCCUGCGGGGGGGGGUCCGCUGCCAAUGGGGCUACCACGCCCGCACCACCGCCUCCGCGGUCUUCCGACGAUACCUCGAGAGCCACGCGCGGCUGCUGCGGGGGGACGACCUCUGGGGAAUGGGGCCCGAGCCCCCCUACACCCCCGAGCCGGAGCCCACCCCAGAGGCCGAGGGGGAGACAGACACACGGUGCUCCUCGCGCACGUCGAGCCCCGCCUUCUCGGCCUCGUCCUCCGUUGCCACCGAGGACCUCCGCGAGGCCGAGGAGUCCGAGGCGCUCUACGGGCAGACCCUCAACUACGUCGCCAACUACGUGCCGGUGUCCUGCCCGCCGCCGCCCCCCAGCGUCCUGGCGGCCACACUCAUGAGGGACUGCGCCCCGCGCGAUGACGGGGUGCCACGGAUGGACACCUUCGAUAACUCUCAGACCGACGAGGAUAUGUUUACCUGCUGUGCGAGCAAUUCGUGCGCGAACAUGCCCAUUUUCACCCUUCCCCUCACGGGCUUCGCGCUUGUCGCCGUGAGCACUCACAUGGUCCGGCGCGCCUGCCUGGACCCCAACGCCGCCGAAGAGCAACUGGACAAGAUCUGCGAUGAGUUCCUUUGCAAUCGCAAGGACGUCUCUGAGAUGACAAGUGCACAGCAGAGACGGAUCUACGAGGAUGGCAUGAAACUCAUGGUUGCGGCCUCAUUCUUGCAGCUUUAG